UGAAAAUUUAAAUCAUUUGUUUGUCAUUCCACAUUUGUCAACGAUGAAAGAAGCAAACGAACUUGUCCUAAAUCCUGAUUUCUCGAUGGUCUGAUCAUGUGUGGAUUAAACUGUGUUAUAUGUUUGUUUAACUAAACCAUAAUAAAUCUGUAUAACGCAAUGGCUGAUAAUCCAAGUAGCGAUGGUAUGUCUGAAGCUGAAAGGUUAAGAGAGGAAGAAUUGGCACAAGAGUUAGAUCAUAGUGAUUCAAAUGAAGACGACUCACAAGAUAUAUCCUUAGAAAUAGAAGAUAGGUUGCUUAGAGAUGAACCUGAAUACACUACAUUAACUAACUGCAGUGAAAGCAUAAACAGCGCAGAUGACAACACAAUGAGAGAUCAGUUCUCUGAUAAUUUACAAAAUGUGGCAAUGGAAGAAGGGCUCGGAAAUGUAUAUACUGAAACAAAUGAUAAAUUAAAUUUUAACAAUGAUACAUUGACUGAUGCAAAUGAUCAAUAUGAGUCAUAUUUAAAUGAUUAUUCUUUUGACAAUAACCAUACUAUAGAUGAGUCUGAGUUAAAUAGUAGGGAGGUAUUCAACCUCAGAGAUGGGACUGAUAUAUCCAAUAUGGAUCACUAUCAACUAAAUGAUAUGUCUGGUAUGGAUUACCAAACAACAGAAGAAAUGCUGAUGAGUGAAAGAGAAAGAGAGAAAAAAACUAAAAAGGAAAUGGAGGAAGAGGAAAGAGAAAAAAUGCAAGUAUUAGUAUCAAACUUCACUGAAGAACAACUAAACAGAUAUGAGAUGUACAGGCGAGCAGCAUUCCCCAAGGCAGCUGUAAAAAGAUUGAUGCAGACUAUAACUGGUUGUUCAGUAGGACAGAAUGUAGUAAUAGCCAUGUCUGGUAUUGCCAAAGUAUUUGUGGGAGAGGUGGUUGAGGAAGCAUUAGAAGUAUUGGAAACAUCUGGUGAGCCAGGGCCCUUACAACCAAAACAUCUUCGAGAAGCCUUGCGAAGACUUAGAGUUAGAGGGGCCAUUCCUACCAGGAAAGCCUAUAAAGGCUCAUUCAGAUUAUAGCAUGCAACAUUGUUACUGUAAAUAUUACUAUUAACUUUCUAUUCUAAUAUAAAAAAUAAAUAAACAGAGUUGUUUAACAUAAAAUAAAUCUUCAGUCUGCUGGAAUUAUAU